GUUAACUGAGUCCGCUCACACCUUCAAUGGAACCUGCACCACCGCAGCCCUGCGCAUUCUUUUUAUUUUGUUUUUAGCCAUAUCCAAAAUGUUGUAGUUCUGUAAAUAGGGGCCAGAAAGUACAAGGCAAAUAGUUUGCAACCAAAUAUAACCUACUUGCGUUGUCCACCAGCAAAAUGGGCGAGUUCUUUAAAUCGCUCAACUUCAACUAUUUCUCCUCCAGCGAUGGUGCUCCAUCUGCCAACGGGGCUGCAGGAGGCGGAGCAGCAGGUGCCCUCGGGAGCAGACUGGACAACGACUUCGUGGGCCAGGUCGUCGAGGUGGCUGGCCAUAGACUGCGCAUCAAGUGUGUUAUCGCGGAAGGCGGAUACGCCUUUGUGUACGUCGCCCAAGAUGUCCAAACCGGAACCGAGUACGCCCUCAAGCGUCUGCUCGGGGCUGAUCAGCAGUCCUGCACUGCCAUUAUCAACGAGAUCGGGAUCCACAAGCAGGUCUCGGGCCACGGAAACAUUGUCGCCUUUAUAGGCUCCAGUUAUACUGCGCCGUCAUCGCAACUCGGGGCACAGUACCUUCUACUCACAGAACUGUGCAAAGGGGGGUCCUUGGUGGACUGCUUUAAAACAAACAAUGCUACCAUCGAACCGUCUUUGGUGCUGCGCAUCUUUUACCACAUGUCGCGGGCCGUGGCCUGCCUGCAUUCACAGUCGCCGCCGAUCGCCCAUCGAGACAUAAAGAUCGAGAAUUUUUUAAUUGGUAACGACAAACAGAUCAAGUUGUGUGACUUCGGCUCUGCCACCAAGGAGGUGCUCUCACCUACGUUUGAGUGGAGCGCCAACCAGCGAAGCAUGCUAGAAGAUCAGCUUAACACCGUGACUACCCCAAUGUACCGGGCUCCCGAGAUGCUCGAUACUUGGUCCAAUAACCCAAUCGGUCCCAAGGCGGACAUCUGGGCUCUUAGCUGCAUUCUCUACUUCUUGUGCUACCGCAGACAUCCCUAUGAAGAUGGCGGCAAACUACGAAUCAUCAACGCCAAUUAUAUACUUCCUCCGGAUCCUCAGUACCAAUGUUUCCGCGAUAUCAUAAGAGGCUGUUUCAAAGUGAACCCGGUCGAGCGCCUGGACAUUGACAUGGUGCUCGAACGCUUGGCAGCCAUCGCGGAGACAAACAACUGGUCGCUGAAAGGGUCCAUAGACCUGCAUGGAAUUCCUAUCGAAUCCUUACCGGCUGAAAGUCCCGCUCGAAAAAAUUCUUUUCAUUCGGAGUUUUACACCGAAUCGUCUAGUACGACUCCUCAUGCAGCGUCCCCCGCAACAAUCGCUUCCUCCUCCACUAAUGGACACGGGAGACUGCUGUCGUCGCUGCGCGGUGGCGCUGGAACGUUGUUUAAAAACAUAAAGGACACAUCCACCAAAGUGAUGCAGACAAUGCAGCAAUCAAUCGCCCGCAACGAUCUCGACAUCAGCCACAUCACCUCUCGGAUCCUGGCUAUGCCCUGCCCAUCUGACGGAUUUGAGUCGGCGUACAAGACGAAUAACAUCGAAGACGUUCGUUUAUCUCUGGAGAGUCGGUUUGAUCCAAACAAAAUAAGCAUUUACAACUUUGGCCAACGUACAGUACCGCGGUUACCACCACCCGUGCGGACAGUUGAGGCAGGUUUCGUUUAUGGGUGCACACAGGCUCAUGCUCCCAAUCUGCAGGUAUGUAAAGGGGAAAAAAUUAAUUUGAUUUUUACUAACUAAAAAUGUAUUGCAUCA